ACUAUUGAUAUAGGACCGCAGUGAGUUACCGCAAGUCGCAAAGAAAACAGGAGCAGCCUCCAUUAUUCCAGCACCAUUUCAACAUCAUCUUAUCACCUAUGCUUAGUCUAAUACAGUGACAACUAAACAAUACCAACAACAAUUUAUGAAUACACGCCACUUCACCAUCCAUGAAUACACGCCACUAAAUGCGUGUGUUCGUGAGUACAUGUAAUUAGUUACUCCCCAACACUGCUGAACAUAGGAGAUUUCAUGUAUAAUUUCAUAAACUGUGCCGUAUUUCAAAGAACAGCGCCCAAACCUUUCAUUUAACCACACCCUUUGAGCUAUGACGCCAACCAAUGAGACAUUUUAUUUUCCGUGUAAACGGAAGAACAAUUUACACGUUUGGGUUUUAAUUUAUCUAGUCGUUUAUUAACACCCUAGAUAUCAAAAUGAAUCUUAACUGCACAUAAUCACAUACUUACAUCAGGUAGUAUUUCAUUCUCGUUGUAGACAGGACUUGGUUGAUAUUUUAUAGUUAACGCUAACAAUGGCUAACUGUAUGUUUUUUCACACUCAAAUAGCCUCCAUCAUGGAGAUGCUAGCAAAUGCAGCCGUGGCAGAUAUCUGUAAACUCGUAGACGACGACUAUGCAGUGUUUCGUUUGGAAAUAACUAAAAGCAAAAAAGAAAACAGAGCAAUGCGGAGGAAACUACAGCAACUAGAACUGAAGGUGGCACGGGAGCGCUCCGAGAGGACAACGAGAAAGCGCGUCCUCGACAGUCGUCCCAGUAGUGUCAAGAUCCUCGACCGAUACAGAGGAAUGUCAAGAGGUGAAGGACAUCUCACUGGAGGCCACAGGAGCUUUGUGAAGGCAGCGGGACACAAUACAUGGAGAGAUGACCAACCAAUCACUGUUGAUGAGGGGAGUGGAACCUCAACCCAGCACAUUAUCAUGAUAGAGGAUGCAGAUGCAGAGGCUGCAGGUCCUAGAGGAUCGUCCCUGGUCAAGCAGGAGAGGACUGAAGAAGAGGACACACAACACAACAUCACGGAGUCAGUAGACAUGGAGGAUGGGAAGCCUGAUCUGCUGCUGGUCAAAGAGGAGACGAUAGAAGACGAACAAGAGGGCAUUAACCUGUUGAGUGGACUAAAGAUGGGGGAGCAAGGUGGUUGGCUGGAGGCUAACAGAGGAGACUGGGCUGCCAUCUUGGAUUCCCAGACCCAGACAAGUGCAGUCAAUGGCCCGGGGGACAACAUCACUGAGCAGGUCAGGACUAGAGGUGACAAUGUGGAGGUCAGUGGAUGGGACAGUGUCUUCAACUCUGGGCUGGGGAACAACAGUGUUAACCACAACCAGAAACAGACUGUCGAACACAAAACAACAACCGAAUUUAGUCUCCGUGACAACAGACUGGCUGAGACCAGGGCGAGUAGUAGAUUUUGUCUCCGGGGACAGGGAGGUGUUGGUAUGCAGCUGGAGAGAACAGACACUGACUCGGCUAGCGAUGCUCCGUCUUGCUCCUAUAGUUGUGAUUCAGAGAGGCUGAUGGCACCUCAGGUUAACCCCCUAACAGGUGCUGCCUUCAGCCUGCCUUCUAUAGGAUCUAUCAACUGGAACAUGGAUCCUGAGACAACACAGACACUCCCUGGCCUUCAUCCUCCUCACACUCUCCUUAUGUUAAACCAGACCUCAGACAAUGCCAGUGCCUCAACCUUAAAUGGCUGCACAAGCCCAUUGACAAAUGACAGUAUUAGAGAUGGAAUCAGUAAAGGUGGCAGCGCCAAAGAGAAGCGCUUUCCGUGUUCAUUUUGUGGGAAAGCCUUCCGUUUGCCCAAACAGGUGGAGAUCCACCAGAGGAUGCACACAGGGGAGAAACCUUUCGGCUGCCACCUGUGCCGGGCCAGUUUUUCAGACUCGUCAAACCUGAAGAGGCACCAGAGAGUCCACACAGGGGAGAAACCCUACAGCUGCCCCCAGUGUGAGAAGAGGUUCUCCCGCCAGCACCAUAUGAAGAUGCACCUGAAGGUCCAUACAGGAGAGAGGCCGUUUGCCUGUACUCACUGUGGGAAGAGGUUCUCAGAGAGGAGCUACCUCAGGGUACACCAACAGAAAAUGCACACGGCCCAUGUAUAGUAAUAUGUAAUGUUGUACUACUACUUAGUACUAAUUCUGUUGGUUUUGGAUAUAGUAGGGAAGUGGAUGAGGUGAACUGAACUGAAUAUGCCUAUAUCAUAAUCACAUCAAUAAAUUGGUUAUAACAAACUCUGAACACCGUAACACCAAAAUGGAUGCAGAGGACAUGACAAAUAAACUCAAAAGGGGGGAAUAUUUACAGGUUGCUCAGGAGGUAAAGGGAAAGUGGAUUAAAUGUGACUAGUUGUGGAAAAUACUGGAGAUCAAGAAAACAGAGGUAAGGAGCCAGCACUGCGUGCAUAUUAUGUGCGGUAAAGUAUAAGCGUACCAGAGUCUGUAACUUAAAAAAAAAAAGUUUUAUUACAGUAAAGACUAAAAACAUUUUCAUUAAUUCGUGAAUGCAAUUUCCGAAAUGGAAUGGUUUAUUGUUUAAGCUAAUUAGUCAAGGCUCGCUUUAUUUUACAAUUGAAACGCUUGAAUGCAUUUCAAACCAUGAAUGACUCGUAUGCUGUGUGAUGACAUGAACGAGUGAAGGAUUGACUGAUACAGUAGCCUGUAGAAGUGUUGAAAUGCAGUCCUAAGUAAGUUAUGGUAUUUAAGACUAAACAGGCCUACAGCUUGACGGUGGUUAUACAAGGCUGCUAUGCUAAUCCUACUAAUGAUAAUGACAUGACUUAUUAUUAUUAUAAUAAUAGUAAUAAUGAGAUCAAGAAAAAUGAGUGUUAUUAUAAAAAAAUUACAAUUUGGUACAGUGUAAACACUCAAUUAUAAAUAAUACCAGAGGCUGUUCUAACAAACAAAAAGUGUAGAGCCUUUAUUACAGCAACGCAAAGAUUAAAAACAGGCAUCUCGUUGCGUAGCCUCACGGAAUCAGUAGGCUAUUAAACAUUCAUACCGAAAACAGAAGCAGGCUCUGUCUCAUUUCUGUAGAUAUAUUGAUGAUUUUUAAAGCUUGGCACAUUUAACAGUUAGGCUAUUGAUUAUUAACCUUAUUAAGUUUGGGUUUCCUCCUCACUUUCCUUAAGACAAUAAGGCAAGGGCUGUUUUCUCAUUUCCUCAUUCUGCUGCUGCCUCCUGCAUUGUUCUCAACACCAAUAUGCUGGUUAACUUUGCUAUUAUGCACAUAGCAACAUGGUCUAGGAAAAGAAGCCAAUUCAACAGUGCACUGAUGUGUUUCAGAACCAUGGACAGCAACCGCUAUCCGAGAAAGCUCAUUUGUUAUUAUUUGUAUUAUUGUUGCACCAUUGUUUAUGUUAUAUAACCACAUACAAUUUCAGUAACACACCGUAGACUGAUGGACUGUGCCUCCCCCACAGCCUCCACAAUGGAUCAGUCCACUCAGCGUGAAUCAGACAGGUGUCUUGUACACCAUGAUAUAUACAGCACCAGUCAAAAGUUUGGACACACCUACUCAUUCCAGGGUUUUCUUUAUUUCUACUACUUUCUACAUUGUAGAAUAAUAGUGAAGACAUCAAAAAUAUGAAAUAACACAUAUGGAAUCAUGUAGUAACCAAAAAAAGUGUUAAACAAAUCAAAAUAUAUUUUAUAUUUGAGACUCUUCAAAGUGGUGGUGGUGGGGGGUAUUAGUAUUAGGAAUGGUGUUUCUAAUGGUUAGAGUGUUGGGCCGGUAACUGAAAGGUUGCGAGUUCGAAUCCCCGAACCUGAAAAAUCUUUCGAUCUGCCCUUGAGCAAGGCUCCAGGAUCGCUGUCAAUAAUGUCUGAACCCUGGCUGCGACUUCACUCUCCGAGGGUGUUUAUUUUUAAUUUAUCCCUUAUUUUACCAGGUUGACUGAGAACACAUUCUCAUUUACAGCAACGACCUGGGGAAUAGUUACAGGGGAGAGGAGUGGGGAUGAAUGAGCCAAUUGGAAGCUGGGGAUGAUUAGGUGCCCAUGAUGGUAUGAGGGCCAGAUUGGGAAUUUAGCCAGGACACCGGGGUUAACACCCCCUACUCUUACGAUAAGUACCUUGUGUCAUGAAGCUAGCCCUUUCAGUGAAUCGGCUAGCAGAGAUGUGGACAACCCCUUCCCCUCCUCUCCUGUUAAGAGGGGCCUCAUUUAUGACUUUACAACCACGUCAUAAAUUCUUGUCAAAACUUGUCUCUCUGACCAUGCAGUAUGGGAGAGAGAGGGUCACGGUAGAGCAAAGGAACUCUCCUGCAAAAUACUCCUACCUCCCCGAAUUGGAGAAUUAAACAUUGUUCCUAAUUUAGAGAAUGUGGAAACGGUCAGUGGAGAAGCCAGCUACGACCCGGUCCGUUUUGAUUCCAUGUUUGUGACCUCAUGAAAGACAAUACAGACACAUUAACCUAACUCUGUUUAUACAGGUUCCUCAGUUAUGAGGCUUGCAUCUGAAUGUUGAAUAAAAUGUUUGACAAAGUAUAAGAAUACUUUUGAAAAGAUAACUAUGUUAUUUAGUCUUCUAAAAUGAAAAGUGUUUGUUUUAUAGUAACGUGUGCGCACUCAGUGGGCCCCGCCCAAGUGAAUAGACAUUGGUUGGAAAUUAUGAACCAACCCCUUUUCCACUCUAGCAUAAAAGCCCCUGUGAAGAAAAGUCACCUCAGUUCCAAAUAAUGUGAGGACUUGUCCUCAUUUUUAAAAAGGGUUCAUUCUAAUUUCAACCCUACAGGCCAGAAAUCGUGAGAGCUUGCUCCACACGUGAAAUGUUAUGAACUCUGAACUAUUGAUCACUCAAGAAGAAGUGAGUCCUAGAUUACAGCCUAACAGACUGCAGCUGGAAACGUAGCAAAUCUAGAAAGAACAUUGACCGACGCAGAAAACCACAACUUCUCACUCCACAACGACCCGGCAGAAUCUACAGAGGACAAGGGCGACCUCGACUGAGCAAACCAGAGCCUUACAUUACCAGCUCAAUUGUAAAUACUGAUUAUAUUCCUUUAUUAAACGAGCGAUUGUUAAAGUGCAUUUGUAUUCAUAUUUAUGCGAGAAUAGCUUCCCACGUCCGAUAGAGACCCAUGUUCCUUUGUAUUCCUCGCCCCCCCCUUUCCUCUCUGAAUCAAUCGUGUUAUAACCAAACUGUUUUUGUUUUGUCCACUAGGGACGGUAUUUACUGUAUAAUGUUAUUAUGUGUCGUAUAUUCUGUAAUUGUUUAAUUAGUUAGUAAAUAAAUAAUUGAGCCAAUUUGGGUAUGGAUGAUUCAUGGUAAAGGCUGGGUUUGUGCAAAUAACCAAGAAUUUUACGACGUUCAGAUAAGACUGAUAUUAGAUAAAGAAUCAUUAAAUUCUAAUUGACAGCUAUUGAUAUAAAAUAUCUUCAGAUCUUUAAGAGUGGAUUCGGGAGAUGGAAGCUCUAUAUAAACUAACUCUUCUGUGGUGCCCCAGGUUAUUAAUGAGUUAAUUGUUGCAUGGUUUAAUUCAAUCACUCAAUCAAUCAAACGUUAGGUAAUCGAUUUGAUAAAGCAGCUUGUCAUCACAUUAAAGAAGUCAGAGACACGACACUUGGGAUAUUUAGUGAGCACAGAGUCAGGACACCUGUUUAACGUCCCAUCCGAAAGACAGCAUCCUACACAGGGGCAUUGGGAUAAAAAAAACUAUUGACCAGAGGAAAUAGUGCCUCCUAUUGGCCCUUCACCACCACUUCCUGCAGAAACUGGUCUCCCAUCCAGAACUGCUUCGCUGCUUAGCUUCAGAGGCAAACUAGCAGUGGGAUGCAGGGUGGUGUGCUGCUGGUCUCAGGGGGAGUUGGGAUAUGCAAAUUCACGCCUCACACUCGUACAGGUUACCCACUUGUACAUGCAGUGAAACAGGACAAAUAUAAACAUUUCCUAUUUUACCUUUUCAUCGGAUGUAAGCAAUGUCCCCAUGCUCCCUGGCAGCCUUCAUUGCUGGGAUCAGUUAUUUUCGCCUUUUGCGCACAGCUUCAGAGUAGUCCUUGUUUAGGAAGAUAGGAAAAUGUUGGUUCCUCUCAAGUUCUUGGCUCUCUCCAGAACAGCCACCUUGUCCUUGUUCCUCAGGAACUUCAUCACUACUAGUGAUAUACAUUUUUUUUAAAACUUGUGGGCGUGCUUGACCUCAAUCUUUCUUGAUCCAUAUGCAACUUUCCAUCAAUCAUUUUCCUCACUCUCUCCUCGGACUCCAUCCAGGUCUCAUGUGGAGACUAUGGGAUUCCAUCCACAACAAUGUCAUUUUGCCUUGAUUGUCCUUCUAGGUACUACCGUUUCCCUGUCAUUAUUAACAUCUAUUUACAGACAGUGUUGUUGUCUUUUCUCUUGGACUCAGAGUUAGUUACGUUGCUGCUGUCUUUUAUUCAACUCAUCAGGCUCUCCCUAGGAGAAAUGCAGACUGGUUUUCAGGUCGUCCAUUCUUGGAUCUACCAGUAUUUGGACAAAGCUUUUGAAGCUAUUUUUCUUUUGUUGUAACAGCUCCCUGUAUAAUUAUUUUUGUUGGUUUAAAAGAUCUUUCACCUGCGUAAGCGUGACACUGUCCUUUUCUUUGUUUGUUAUAAUAGCAGUGUAGGCUAUUAUUGUAAUACCACGUAGUUCCAGCCCCGUCAGUACGCCCUUCACACACACAGCCCAGUUCAGUCCGUUGACUGUCUAUGUAUCUCCUUUUUCUAAUUGGGGGAAAUCCCAUGGGCUCUGUUGUCUACAACAGAGGAAUGUGAACUAAACUCAUGACCACAUGCUCUGCUGAAAUGCAGUACCUUUAUCAAAUUCAACUAUCUGAAUAUAUAAUUUGUUGCUGUUUUGCAUUAUAUUGUAACAUGCUGUUAGAUACCUGCAAGGGAUAAGAGAGUUGGGUGUGGAUAAUCUUUCGACCAUGAGUUAGCAAGCCGGAAAUGUCAGAGUUUCCAAGUUCCGACUAGCACCUGAACGCUGCAUUAUUCUUGCUAGGUCAUGCUUAUUCUUGCUGGCUUCUCAGUGGUCUGCUAACGUUAGCUAACAAUGGCUAACUGUAUGAUUUUACACACUCAAAUAGCCUCCAUCAUGGAGGUGCUGGCGAAUGCAGCCGUGGCAGAGAUCUGUAAACUCGUAGACGACGACUAUGCAGUGUUUAGUUUGGACAUUUCUCAAAGCCAGAAAGAAAACAGGGCAGAGCCCAACCUGUUGAGCAAAAACAGUUGGGGCUCUUUUUGUGUGCCUGUUUUGCAUGUUACUUUGGCAUUAAUACAUGUCACAUAUCAGUUUGCAAAUCAAUAAUUGAGUUAAUAAAGCUGCAUACAAACAUGCUUUCUUGAGUAAGGCAGCUCCAAAAUGCAGGUGCUUCAGCCAAGCUCAGUGCUUUCUGUGAUGGUUAGUCAGCCAGUGGAAAAUACAGAGUGCAGGGGUUGGUAAUGUUCUCUAGUUGCGCCAUGAUUGGCUCAGUGUUCUGUCACUCAUGGGGAUACUACGUCACCGCAAAAUCUAAGGUUAGAGCUGGAAAAUUCAAGCCCCUUGGGUGCUGCAAUAGAGUUACAUUAUAAGUGCCUAUCCAAGAAGGCUCAUAUGAAGAGAAAUUAUAGAUAAAACUUAUCGGUGCUCAUUGGCCAUUGGACAUAAACAUUACUCAAGUUGAAAAUCGCAAAUUCAACAAUGAGUGGUUUGGAAGGAAUCAGUGGCUAACUGCAAGCAUUGCAAAGCAAUCACUAGCCUGCUAUUUAGUGGAGUGGGUGUGUGGUCCAAGUCUGGGUUUAAGGGUCUCAUUACCAAGCUUAAAAUGAUAAAUAUUCAACAUUGGCCAUUCUGUCAAUCCAGCAUGACUUCUGCCCUGCUGGAGACUCAGAACAGGGAAAUCUCAGACUUCAGAGAGUUCAAGAUAACUGGGAACUCGGGGGAAAAAAUGAGCUCCGACUGGGAAAAUACAUUUUGAAUGGUCAUCUAGCUCAGAAUUGCAAGUCGGGAACUCGGGCAUCUUUCUAGAGCACCAACCUGAAUAUCACUGAUGUCAUCAUGAUUCGACAUUGUUUUUUUCCCGAGUUCCCAGUUGUCUUGAAAGCACCAUAAAUCCAGAGAAUGCCAGACUUUGAUGGCAAAAGUUUCCCAUGAAAUACCGCUGCGCCACCUUCCUGUUCAAGUGAGAACAGCACAACAAGUCCAAAAAUGUCUUGUAUGCUGAUGCAUACAUUAUGUAAUAUGCCAGGGAGAUAUGUAUACUGUACCUAAGAAAGUAAUACUCAGCCUAUGUUGUGUAGUAAACUGUUAGUAUCCCAUGUGCCUCAAGCCAAUAAUUUGGUCCCUUUUCCCCUCAUAACUUAUCCUACUGUUCUGACUUGGUGGUGCACAUGUAGCCUAUAGCCUGUUUUAGAGAAAUGUCAUGAUCAAAUAUUGUAAAAGCUUUCAUUGUCAGCUUGUAUUCCAUUUUUUUGCCACAUCCAAGUUUUACAUGCUAAAAUCUCCACUGGAAACAAUAUAUCCACCUAAAAGUAUAAUUACAUCAAAUUUACAAAGCGCUGGUAAUGCAGAACCAUGUAAGCAUCGUGCACGUAUGUUCAUCUUGUGCGCAUGUUUCACGUGCUAGAAAUCUGUAUGCAAUACCAGUGCAUAAUUUAGCGAGCCACCUACUAUGUUGGAUAGAAACAGGAUAAAAAAAAAAACAGAACAGAUGUUGGGGGGUAAAAAUACUGAACAAAAAUAUAAAUGCAACAUAUAAAGUGUUGGUCCCAUGUUUCAUGAGCUGCCAUAAAAGAUCCCAGAAAUGUUCCAUAUGCACAAAAAUAUUAUUUCUCUCAAAUGUUGUGCCAAAAUUGGUUUACAUCCCUGUCAGUGAGCUUUUCUCUUUUGCCAAGAUAAUCCACCAUCUGACAAGUGUGGCAUAUCAAGAAGCCGAUUAAACAGCUUGAUUAUUACACAGGUACACCUUGUGCUUGGGACAAUAAAAAGCCCCACUUGUCAAUGUGCAGUUUUGUCACAGAACACAAUGCCACAAAUGUCUCAAGUUUUGAAGGAGCGUGCAAUUAGCUGGCUGACUGACUGCAGGAAUGUCCACCAGACCUGUUGUCAGAGAAUUGAAUGUUCAAUGUUGUUUUUGAAAAAUUGGCAGUACGUCUAACAGGCCUUACAAACACAGACCAUGUGUAACCACGCCAGCCUAGCACCUCUCCAUCUGGCUUCUUCACCUGUGGGAUUGUAUAAAACCAGCCACCCGGACAGCUGGAACUGUGGGUUUGCAAAAACUGUCAGAAACCAUCUCAGGGAAGCUCAUCUGCGUGCUCGUCGUCCUCACCAGGGUCUUGACCUUACUGCAGUUCGGUGUCGUAACCAACUUCAGUAGGAUAAUGCUCACCUUCGAUGGCCACUGGCAUGCUGGAGAAGUGUGCUCUUCACGGAUUAAUCCCGGUUUCAACUGUACCAGGCAGAAUUCAGACAGUGUGUAUGGCAUUGUGUGGGCGAGCGGUCUGCUGAUGUCAAUGUUGUGAACUGAGUGCCCCGUGGUGGCGGUGGAGUUAUGGUAUGGGCAGGCAUAAGCUACGGACAACAAACACAAUUGCAUUUUAUCGAUGGCAAUUUAAAUGCACAAGGAUCUGUAACGAGAUCCUGAGGCCCAUUGUCGGGCCAUUCAUCCGCCACCAUCACCUCAUGUUUCAGCAUGAUAAUGCACAGCCCCAUGUCGCAAGAAUCUGUACACAAUUCCUGGAAGAUGAAAAUGUCCCAGUUCUUCCAUGGCCUGCAUACUCACCAGAUAUGUCACCCAUUAGCAUCCCAUUUUUGGGAUGCUCUGGAUCGACGUGUUACCGACAGCGUGUUCCAGUUCCUGCCAAUAUCCAGCAAUUUAGCACAACUAUUGACGAGGAAUGGGACAACAUUCCACAGGCCUGAUCAACUCUAUGCGAAGGAGAUGUUGUGCUGUAUGAGGAAAAUGGUGGUCACACCAGAUACUGACUGGUUUUCUGAUCCACUCCCUUACUUAAAAAAAAAGGUAUCUGUGACCAACAGAUGCAUAUCUGUAUUCCCAGUCAUGUUAAAUCCACUUUUAUACUAUUUUUUGGGACUGAUAUCCUUACAUGAACUGUAACUCAGUAAAAUAUUUUUUGUUGCAUGUAGCGUUUAUUAUUAUAUUGUUGUUCAGUAUAUUUGGUGUUACCUUAGAUUGUAAACUGUCAUGGUCCAAAAAUAGAGAUUCAAUGGUUGUAAAGAUGGAGAGUGGUCUGUCUGUGAUAAAGAGAUGCUUUGCCUUUUUGACACCACACUCCACAAAACAAGUCCUGCAGGCUGUAGUUUUAUCUUAUCUUGAUUAUUGUUCAUUCAAAGACUCAAUCCUGGACACUCUUACUGACAGUUGUUGCUGCUUUGCGUGAUGUAACGUUGUCUCUACCUUCUUGCUCUUUGUGCUGUUGUCUGUGCCCAAUAAUGUUUCUACCAUGUUUUUGCUGCUACCGUGUUGUGCUGCUGCCAUGUUAUGUUGCUACCAUGUUGUUGUCAUGUUGUCUUGCUGCCAUGCUUUGUUGUCGCCUUAGGUGGUGUUGUGUUGUCUCUCUUGCCGUGAUGUGUUUUGUCCUAUAAUUUGAUUGAAUUGAUUUUUAAUCCCAGCCCGUCCCCGCAGGGGGCCUUUUGCCUUUUGGUAGGCCGUCAUUGUAAAUAAGAAUUUGUUCUUAACUGACUUGCCCAGUUAAAUAAAGGUUAAAUAAAAUAAAAGUAUGGUCAAGUCCUGCAGGCUCUAGUUUGAUCCUAUCUUGAUUAUUGUCCCGUUAUGUGGUCAAGUGCUGCAAAGAAGGACCUAGUUAAGCUGCGGCUGGCCAUGAACAGUGGCACAUUUUGUUCUUCAUUGUAAUCGGAGGGCUAAUAUCAAUACUCUGUAUGCCAGUCUCUCUUGUCUAAGAGUUGAGAAAUGACUGCAUCACUUCUAAUUUUUAUAACAAACAUGAAUGUGUAACAAAAUUCCACAUUGUUUGCAUGGUGAACUUACACACAGCACUAACACACACA